AUGAUCUUUGCUCCUCAUCCCUUUUGCGAUAAUUUCUUCUACCGAGUUCUACCGAUGUUCGACUGCGUCUAUGUUCUCGGCGGAGUGGGCAAAGAUCUCGAUCGCUUCAGCUCAAGAUUUGAGCCCCGGCUCGCCGAAAAGACCAACCACCGCGAUGAAGAAGCGAGCGAGGAAUAUAAAGCAUCAACUGACCAGCUAUCAGAAUACGCAAAACUGCCAGUGCAAAAAGAAGAAUUCACCAACGAGAUGAUCAACUGUACCGACAUCAAAUGGCAGUACCACGAGCACUCGACCGACAUCGUCUUCGAAAUUCUCGGCAUUUUCAUCCAAUGCGUGGCGCUCAACUUUGCGGUCAAGUCGCAAAAGCUCAUUCCUCUCAAGCGCCAGAAAAAAAUCCCAAAACAAAUUAAAGUUUGA